UCACUUUGAACUAUAAACCAACCUCUAUCUCAACUCAGCUUAUUUCUAAUUCCUUCUUCCUCAGAAUUGAUCGGAGAAAUUCCGCCUUCAGUUUUCGUGAACUCACUCAUCCGAUUCGGCUCCAAAUGGCGACUUCUAUGGUUGAAGAUACGAACCUCGAAGAAGACCAGUUGGCUUCGAUGACCACUGACGACAUCAUUCGGGCUUCUCGUCUUCUUGAUAACGAGAUUCGGAUCCUCAAGGAAGAGAUGCAAAGGACAAAUUUGGAGUGGGAUUCUUUCAAGGAGAAAAUUAAGGAGAACCAGGAGAAAAUUAAACUUAACAAGCAGCUACCUUAUUUGGUCGGGAAUAUAGUUGAGAUUCUGGAAAUGAACCCAGAGGAUGAAGCUGAGGAAGAUGGUGCAAAUAUCGAUCUUGACUCACAGAGAAAAGGAAAAUGUGUUGUGUUAAAGACAUCUACUCGCCAGACAAUCUUUUUACCUGUUGUUGGGCUUGUUGAUCCUGAUAAAUUAAAACCUGGUGAUUUAGUUGGUGUAAAUAAGGAUAGUUACCUGAUCUUGGACACUCUACCGUCUGAGUAUGAUUCUAGAGUCAAGGCAAUGGAGGUUGAUGAAAAACCAACUGAAGAUUACAAUGACAUUGGAGGGCUGGAGAAGCAGAUCCAAGAACUCGUUGAGGCUAUUGUUUUGCCAAUGACUCACAAGGAGCGUUUUCAAAAAUUGGGAAUUCGUCCACCCAAGGGGGUACUGUUGUAUGGUCCUCCUGGGACUGGGAAAACAUUGAUGGCACGUGCUUGUGCAGCUCAAACGAAUGCAACAUUUCUGAAGCUUGCUGGCCCCCAACUAGUCCAGAUGUUUAUUGGGGAUGGUGCAAAACUUGUACGUGAUGCAUUUGAGCUUGCAAAAGAGAAAUCUCCCUGUAUAAUUUUUAUUGAUGAAAUCGAUGCUAUUGGCACAAAGCGGUUUGAUAGUGAAGUGAGCGGUGAUAGGGAGGUGCAGCGUACCAUGUUAGAGUUACUCAAUCAGUUGGAUGGCUUCAGCAGUGAUGAGCGUAUCAAGGUGAUAGCAGCAACUAAUCGUGCCGAUAUUCUGGAUCCAGCCCUAAUGCGAUCUGGUCGAUUGGAUCGCAAGAUUGAGUUUCCACAUCCCACUGAAGAAGCAAGGGCCCGAAUCUUGCAGAUCCAUUCUAGGAAGAUGAAUGUUCACCCAGAUGUCAAUUUUGAAGAGCUGGCUCGGUCCACUGACGAUUUUAAUGGUGCACAGUUGAAAGCUGUUUGUGUAGAAGCAGGCAUGCUCGCACUGCGCCGGGAUGCAACCGAGGUGAACCAUGAAGAUUUCAAUGAAGGUAUCAUUCAAGUUCAGGCAAAAAAGAAGGCAAGCUUGAACUAUUAUGCAUAAGACUUGUUCCUUGCACGGUUCUUUUGAUAACAUGGCAGGUUACUCUACCCUUCUUUUACUCUUAAUUAGAAGUGAACAAUAUCUAAAUCGAGCAGUUUAUUGCCGCUUUGUUAUUUUGAACCAAAAUAUAUAGAAAAUGUAGACUAUGUUUGAUAGUGCUACGGAAAGGUGUAUUUAGGGUGUUAUUGAUUUGGUUUUUGGCCAAAACUAACUCAGAGCCGUCGUAUAAAUUUUAUUGUUAAAUUAAAUUAAAAUCGAAUCGAAUC